UUCAUAUCGAGCAGUGCCUUGCCAGCGAUCACACAUUCGAUACACAGUGAGAAGUGAGAAGUUAUUGUUUGCUCACACACGCCAUGGAAGUCAGCAGCGAACUCAGGCAAAGCCCGUGUUUGCAUCUGUGUGGGGCACGGAGAAACUGCUGUCUAGCAUGGACGGCAUUGGGCUACAGAGACCGGCACAGCAGAAGCAAGACUUUGACACUGGCAUAUUCUGGAGCGGUGGCGAGCGCUGGCCUUUGUGAGCAUGACACCCGCGGCCUGGGCCACUGAAGCAGACCUCAAAGUGAAGCUGGAAGCGUAUGAAGGACUGGAACCCACAGCUCACUGGGGCUCUAGAGGGGUGAAAAUCCUGAGGUUCAUGGGCGAAGCUGAGCAUCCAGGCAAAGACAUGAGCAAGCUGAAGCUCACACAACACCCUGCAGUGGCCAAGUCACCAGAGGUCAGACGAUUGGUUGGUAUAGACAGAUACGACUUUGACGACGGUCAGCCCAACGGCCCGGAUCUGCCAGUGUACAAUGCACCUUCGGGAAUACAAAUCUCACGGAAGCGCAAGGCUUCUUUCACCCAAAAGUCAAAAGGUCGAAAGUCAAAGGUUGCCCGGAAGUAAUCAUGAUUUUUAUCGUUGUAUCUGUGUUUUAUUAAUUAUUCCUCUUUGACCUUUUAUGUCUCCAGGCGAUCGGGUUCGUUGGAGGAGACCACUAUGCAUGUAUUAUCUCUCUCUCUGUCUCUUUGUCUCUCUCCGUCUCUCUGUCUGUCUGUCUGUCUGUCUGUCUAU